AUGGAAGGCGAAAUCGAGAGCCAAAUUCAGCAGGCAGUCCCUGCCGAAGGACUGCUAGGAAAGAUCCAACAGCCACUGCUCGAAAAUGCCUUAACAAUGGCCUCAAAGCCAACAAAAACAUCAGCUCAAAAAGCAAUUAGAAAGACAUUCAAAGGAACAGCCCAUUUAGCCAACCUCCUUCCCACGGGCACGGUCCUCGGCUUCCAAAUUUUGUCCCCAAUUUUCACACACCAGGGCCAUUGCAACACCCAUGUUAGCCAAACCACCACCCUCGGUCUUGUCUUGGUCUGUGCCUUCUCCUGUUUUUUCCUCCUCUUCACUGACAGUUUCCGAGAUGGUCGUGGCAAAGUCCGAUACGGGGUGGCCACAUUUCAAGGCUUAUGGGUUAUUGAUGGGUCGGUUACCCUUCCCAAAGAAGAGGCUGCUAAAUACAGGCUACGCUUCAUUGAUUUCUUUCACGCAUUCGCUUCUCUUUUGGUUUUCAUAGCUGUUGCUUUGUUUGAUGAAAAUGUGGUCAAGUGUCUCUACCCAACACCGUCUGAUGAAUUAAGGGAGCUUUUGGUUGUGCUGCCUGUUGGAAUUGGUGUCUUGUGUAGCUGCUUGUUUAUUGUUUUUCCUACUAAACGACACGGUGUAGGAUUCCCCCUCUCUCGUCAAUAG